AUGGCUGCUCCAAACGCAGUAGACGAUUCUUCAAUACCACCCGAAAACUGGGGUCCUCAAGAUGACCAGUCCACAGGGCCUGCGGGCAACAGCCAAUCCGCUACUGGAACAUCUCUUCCUGUUGACGACCGUAGUACUGGCCAGGAUCCUGAAAAUUCAGAUUAUCCUCGUGGCUCCAGUGUACCCGACAAUGAAACAUUCCGUGAAAAGCAGGUCAAGCCGAACAAAGUCUACAUUGGUGGUCUCCCUGAAAAUACUCGUCAAGAAGAUUUGCAAGGGUGCUUUGGGAAAAUUGGGAACAUCGUCAAUAUUGAACUGAAAGUUGGUUAUGGCUUUGUGGAGUUUGACAGUAGAGAAGCUGCCGAAGAAAGUGUCGCCAAGUAUAACGAUGGGUUUUUUAUGGGCAACCGAGUCCGUGUUGAGUUGUCACAUGGAGGUGGUCGAACUGCUAAGUUCGCUGGAGAUCCAGGAGCCUGUUUUAAGUGUGGCAAUAUGGGACACUGGGCAAGAGAAUGUCCAAAUAACUUGGGACCUGUACAUCGGAGGGCCAACUAUGAGCCACCUCUCAUAGAUCGCAUCCAAAGAGAUUACAACUCAAACCCUCGAAAUAUCCACCCUCGCGAUGAUUUCACACAGCAGCGAAUGCCACCUCGAGAUGGUCGAUUUGAUUAUCCACCCCCGCCCAAUGCGAUGAGAGACCACCGCAGGCCGCCAUCUCCUCGAGAAUAUCGAGACUAUGGUCCUCCUCUCCCCCCGAAUCCUCGUCCGCGUGACUAUGAUGAUUUUCGUAGGGGACCUCCUGUCGAUGACAGGGAUAGAUUUCCACCGCCUCCAGACUUUCGUGGAAGAUAUCCAUCUGCAUCAGACCCACCAUAUCGCGGCUAUGGCCCACCCGUUAAUUCUUAUGAUCGUUACGAUAGAAGGCCCAAUGACAGGUAUACACCUUACUCUCAGCAAAUAGGCCAAAGACCUAGGACUCCACCAAGGGUCAGAGACGAGUACGAUCGUUUAGCUCCGCGUGAUUAUCCUGAAUACCGUGGCCGUCCUGCCACCCCGCCACGUUAUCCUCCUGAUUAUAAUCGCUUGAAUGGCAAUUCGCCAACCGUGCGAUAUGGGCGACGUUCAGCAAGUCCUCCUCGAACUAGUGGCCCCCCUCCUUAUGACGCUUACUCCGUCAAUGGUUAUAUGCCAGGCCCUAUUGCCCCUCCUGUUGCUCCCCCUCCUCGCGGUAAUAGGGACUACCCUCCACGUAACGGUCGAGACAUGAUUGAACCUGUUGGCGCUUACAGACGGCCCUAA